AAAAGCAAGCCAGAAAAGUUAUAAAGAGCAGGUUGAAAUUCGUCGAACAGCAGAACCAAAUCUCUCGUGUACACACAUAACCAAUUCAUAAGAACUCGAAAGUCUUAAUAAUUCAAAAUGUCCGAUCCCGAACGCAAGUCCUUUACUCAAAAAGCUAAGGAGUAUGUCACUCCCGACUCCUCAAAGUCUACCCUCGACAAGGCUAAGGAGAAGGCUACCGGUGCUUACGACAAUGUCAUGUCCGCUUUCAAGAGCGACGAGCAGAAGGGCACCGCACAGGAGAUGCAGGACAAAUCGAAACGCAUGGCCGACAACGCCAAGGACAAAAUGAAGGAUUAGAUCCGCUUCAGCUGUGAACAGUGUUGAUCUUCUCCGUCCCGUGAGCCUCCAAUAAUGUGUAACGAAAUAUGAAAAUUUCUGGAAGUGACAGUCCUUAAAUCUUAAUAAAUUAAUUUUUUUUUUCUUUGCAUACCGUAACAAUCGUAACGAUUUGAAG